AUGCCGGCUGAGAGGCGCUCUUUGAGAUCAAACAACAAGCCAGAUACCUCUUCGUCUGCUAACGGUGAGAAGACUCGCUCUGGUUCGCAGAGUUCAAGCUCCAAUAAGGAUAAGCCUGCGCCUUCUCGCGCCGCCGCCAACAAGGGCAAGUCCACGAAGGCUGCCACUUCGAACACCGCUUCAGACUCCGGCAUGGGAGAACAGCGAGAUCAAGCGCAAACUAACGGUGCCGAUUCGACGAAGAAUGGCAUGAAUGGGUCUGAGGACGUCGAGAUGGAAGAGGAUACGGCAGGUGGGCCUACAUCCUCAUUCAACGCCAACAAGGACCGGAAAGGUGACCAGAAAAUGACUGUUGUAGUGCCUCCCACCAAGGGCUCCAGGGUAUCCGGCGACAAAGGCCAGGACCAGGAAGGCGAUAUGGCCAUGGAGGGUACCGAAGGCGAGGAGCCUGUGUCUGAGAUUGACCCUAGGACCAAGGCAAUCCAAGAUAUCAAGACAAACUUCACGCUUCUCGAACGCGCUGUCACCCAUUUCGAUCCCAGGUUUACUCUCCGCGUCUUGAGAUCCAUAUCAUCAAUGCGCAAACAGGUCACAUCGGAUGUGCUAGCAGAGAUCAUCGUUAACGCUUACCCAAAGUCAAGCACCUCGGCUUCGUUCUUGUUGGGUGCGAUCGAUCAAGAAAACGCUUUCGAUGAGGCUAGUUCAAAGAUGGAAGUUGACACUGACAAGACAAAGCCUUCUACGAAAGAGGUUUUACCUGAGAUUGACACGUAUCUGUCUAUCCUAGUUCAAAUUUAUCUGUAUGAUCGAAAGGAGAUUCAGAAAGGCGCCAAAUUCUCAACAGGUCUGAUCGAACGACUUCGAACGCUUAACCGCCGUACACUCGACUCUCUCGCCGCCCGUGUGUACUUCUAUUAUUCCCUCUUCUUUGAGGAGAUCGCUCCUCUUCCACCAUCUCCCGCUGCAACGGUCACUUCAAUCCGCCAACCACUACUUGCGGCCCUUCGGACGGCAGUUUUACGAAAGGAUGUAGAUACUCAGGCCACUGUGAUGACGCUUCUUCUCCGCAACUACCUGUCUACCUCUCAUAUAUCACAGGCUGACUUGCUGAUUUCGCACAACCACUUCCCCCCAUCGGCAUCCAACAACCAAAUUGCUCGAUACCUUUAUUACUUGGGUCGCAUUCGCGCUAUUCAGCUACAGUAUACCGAGGCUCAUGGCCAUUUGAUCGGUGCCACCCGGAAAUCGCCGUCAAGCCAUAGUGCACGGGGGUUCUACCAAGCUUCCCACAAGCUUCUUGUAGUCGUUGAGCUUCUGAUGGGCGAUAUUCCUGACCGUGCGAUAUUCAGGCAGGCGGCUCUCGAACGGGCUAUGCAUCCUUAUUUCCUGCUCGUUCAGGCCGUCAGCGCUGGUGACCUGGAUGGAUUCUUGAACAUUGUAAAUACGUACAGUUCAACUUUCCGGAAGGAUGGUACCUACACCCUCAUCCUACGUCUGCGGCAGAACGUGAUCAAGACGGGCAUCCGCAUGAUGUCUCUCUCCUACUCUCGCAUCUCGCUCAGGGACAUUUGCCUACGCCUGGGCUUGGAUAGCGAAGAGUCGGCCGAGUAUAUUGUUGCCAAAGCAAUUAGGGACGGUGUUAUUGAAGCAACCCUUGACCAUGAGCGGGGUUUCAUGAAGAGCAAGGAGGUCGGCGAUAUAUACGCUACUAGGGAGCCUGGUGAAGUCUUCCAUGAGCGUAUAAGGGCGUGCUUGGGUCUACAUGACGAGAGCGUCAAGGCCAUGCGUUUCCCAAUGAACCAGCAUCGCCUUGAACUCAAGAGCGCGCAGGAGGCGAGAGAGCGCGAGAGGGAGCUGGCGAAGGAAAUCCAGGAAGGAGACAUAGACGAUGAAGAUGCGGCUCGUACAAUUCCAGCUCGCAAGCUGGCCCUCGCAUCACCGGUCACACCACAGGCGACACCGAUAUGCCGGCAAUGCCUCCGCAACGAUUUCCUCCUAGACCAAUACCAGUUUCAAACACGCAAAUAUCACCCCUCUCGACGGAAAGAUGCUUCUCCCUUCGGCGCCGCCGUUUCUGCAGCUCAGACUCUCUUCAAGGGCUUGCCCAAAGCUCCUCCUGGCAUAUCGGUCGACCCGCUGAGGAUCGUAGGGAAAGAACUCAAAUUUCUCAGCAAGAACAUCCGCCAGCUGCUCGGGUCAGGCCAUCCCACUCUGGAUAAAGUGGCGAAAUACUACACCCAAAGUGAGGGCAAGCAUAUGCGUCCGCUACUGGUACUGCUCAUGUCCCAGGCAACGGCAUUAACUAUUCCACCGCAGAACCGUUCUGUAUCGGCCACAGACUCCAACUCGUCUGAGACGGUUAAUGACCCCAUUACAUCUCCUUCCGUACUUGCCGAUACCAAUCCAGACUUCGACCGAUUUACAUCUUCGUCCUCGACAGCAGGUCAAUACGAUUUCGCCGGCGAUGAGAACAUUCUUCCCUCUCAACGACGACUAGCCGAAAUCACGGAGCUGAUCCAUACUGCCUCCCUCCUCCACGACGAUGUCAUCGACAACGCCGUCACUCGUCGCUCCUCUAAUUCUGCGAACACCCAGUUCGGAAAUAAGAUGGCUGUUCUGGCUGGUGACUUCCUGCUCGGUCGUGCCUCCGUUGCCCUGGCGCGCCUGCGCGACCCCGAGGUUACAGAGCUACUAGCUACCGUGAUCGCAAAUCUCGUCGAGGGCGAAUUCAUGCAGCUUAAAAACACAGCUGCCGAUGAGAAGAACCCCGUGUUCACAGACGAGACCAUCUCAUACUACCUCCAGAAAACCUACCUCAAAACCGCCAGUCUGAUCAGCAAAUCGUGCCGCGCAGCCGCCUUACUUGGACACAGCACACCUGAAGUAGUCGAGGCAGCCUAUUCAUACGGCCGCAACCUGGGUUUAGCGUUCCAGCUUGUAGACGACAUGCUCGACUACACCGUUAGCGGCGUGGAACUUGGCAAACCUGCCGGUGCAGACCUUGAACUCGGUCUCGCGACUGCUCCCCUUCUUUUCGCCUGGAAACAGAACCCCGGACUAGGCCCAUUGGUUGGUCGUAAAUUCUGUCAGGAAGGAGACGUGCAAAAGGCCCGCGACCUCGUCUAUCAAACCAACGGCGUCGAACAAACCCGAGCUCUAGCCCAAGAAUAUGCAGACAAGGCGAUCGCUGCGAUCAGCCCCUUCCCUGAUAGCGAAGCAAAGGCCGGUCUGAUCGAGAUGUGUGUGAAGACCAUGAACCGGAGGAAAUAA